GUCUCUAUGAUCUGUGUUUCUUGCUUUGUUUGUAUUAUAAUUAAAAAUCAAAUUUGUUUUAUUAAAAUAAAUAUAAUGGUAUCCUUUUUAUUUCCUUAAUAACAAUAAAUUCACCUCUACACGAUAAUUACAUAUGAAACAAUAUGAGUAAUAUAUACAUUCAGGAACCGCCCGCUUUAGGCAAAGUUUUACUAAAAACAACUGCUGGAGAGAUAGAUAUCGAGCUAUGGACGAAAGAGGCCCCCAAAGCUUGUCGCAACUUCAUACAAUUGUGUAUGGAAGGAUAUUAUAAUGGCACAAUAUUCCAUCGUGUGGUACCAGGAUUCAUUGUGCAAGGUGGGGAUCCAAAUGGGGAUGGAACGGGUGGAGAGUCUGUAUAUGGAGCCCCAUUUAAGGACGAGUUCCACUCUCGGCUCCGGUUCAACCGGCGUGGACUGGUUGCGAUGGCCAAUGCUGGGAAGGACGACAAUGGGUCCCAAUUUUUCUUCACACUCGCCGCCACACCUGAACUACAAAAUAAACAUACCAUUUUCGGAAAGGUCACAGGUGAGACAAUAUACAACGUUUUAAAACUCAGCGAGGGUCUGAUAGGCCCGGACGACAGGCCUGAACAUCCCCACAGGAUCACCAGCACUACAGUGUUAAUUAAUACAUUCACGGACAUAGUGCCACGCGUCACAGAGACCAAGGUCGAAGAGGCACCGAAAAAGAAGAAAAAGGAGCGGCAGGGGGUUAAAAACUUCGGUCUACUAUCGUUUGGGGAAGAAGCGGAAGAAGACGAAGGCGAGGCACAAGAAUACAGAGGGAAGCCUAAGUCCACUCACGAUCUUCUAGAAGAUCCAAAACUUAGCAAGAAAACAGCAGCUGAAUUAGAGUUGGAAGAACAAAAUGUGAAUGAAGAAUCGAACGAAGAAAUAGAAGAGAAGAAACAAAGGACUGCAGAGGCAGUUAGUAAUAUAAGAGACAAACUCAAAACAAAAAGAGAAAGGAGUCCAGAAGUUGAAAGUAGAAAAAAGAAGAAAGAUACAGAAGGAGAAGAGAGUUCGGAAGAAGAGUAUUAUUUAGGAAAAGAUAGGGAUAUCGAGAGACAGAAAGAGAGAGACCGCAUAAGAAACGAGAUAAAACAGCUAAGAAAAGAGAUGAAAGGCCCCAAAGAGGAUAAGAAAGAAGAGAGUAAAGAAGAAAGUCAUGACAAGAAAUUAGAAGAAGACAACGAAAUGUACAAACAGUACGUGGAAGAGCAGGACAAAUAUAGGAAGAUGAAGGAGAAGAUUCCGAAAAAGGGUUCUGCCAGAAGCCGACGCUCGAAGAUCGCAAGGAAGCCGAAAAGGAAACCGUGGGUGAAGAAUUUGUACGAAAACAGAGAGUACCCGGACAAUUAUACGGACAAGAAGUUUUUGGAAGAGUUGAGAAAGAAUAUACACAUUGAAAAAGUGACUUUAUUACAAGCGGUGCAAGGCUCAUUUCGGGUUGUACUACGCCUCUGCCUGUGUGUGCUAUACGCGAUUGUCUACGUGUACAUGUAUAAUAACUUCGUGCACACAUACACAGUGAUUUACAUAUCGGUGGCGGUGACUGCGGCAUGUCACGUGAUAUACGUGUGCCUAGAAGGUUCGGCCACUUUUUCGCACGCGAAAACGGUCCUUAUAUAUAUAAUAAUAGGAUACCUUCUGUCACCGAUAUUUCACACACUGACAGACACGGUCAGCACUGAUACGAUUUACGCUUGGGCCGUUAUCAUGAUGUUGAUUCACUUGAUAUUUUUCGACUACGACGUGCCCGUCGCGUUGGUGUCGAAAUCGCUUUCAAUUAAUGCAGCGAUUUUCGCCUCGAUGUGUUUAGUGUCGCGGUUGUCGACGCCGUUCGACGCUUUCAUACUGUUAACCGUGUCUGUGAUACUGUUUGUACUGAGCCCGCAAUUGUUCAAAGUGAUAUUAUGCACUAAGUUAUUUAUACCGUUAUUUUUUAUCACACUACUAGUCACUUUCAUAUCACUGUACAGCGUGUCUGUUACUUUGUUCUGGUAUUUUUUAAUUAUUGUUGCUAUUUUGAGUGGUUACCUCCCAAUGUUGUUUGUUAGGUGGCAAAGGUAUAAAGACAAUAUAUAUGGACCUUGGGAUGAAGCGAUAAUAAAUGAUUCUGAUGAUUUAGAAGAGAUUGUUGGUGACAUUUAGAAUGAUCUAGAUUUUAAAACAGCCAAUAUGUCUGGACUUCCAUAAUACAGGGUUUUGUUUUUAGGUUAUUAUUAUAUUUAUAUAUCUAUGUAUGGUCCCGGCUGUAUAUAGGCUCCCUCCUUUUGGGGGAUUUUGCCGUUGCCAACAGUUGCCACGCUUGGCGGACGGGUUAAUAACUGCUGUUAGACUUUAGUGAUGUUUUAAGAGGGACGCUGCUGCCAAACCCUCGACAAUUAAGUUCCUUUAAUCGUCUCUUACGUCACCCAUGGGAAAGGAAGGGGUGGUCUAUUCUAUGCCGGGACCAUACGGCGGUUAAUAUUCAUACUAUCCAAUAAUGGCUCAAAUAGUACUUUGACUUGUUUAUGUUUUUGGUAUUUCUGUCAUGAAACUGUUCGCAAAUUGAUUUUAUAAUUACAUGGAUUUUAAGUAUAAUUAAUUUGAAGUGAUAAUUACAAGACACGUGCAUCCAGUUCGGAUUUUUUAUUAGGAGAGACAGUGUGGACACUGUUGCCAUUACAAAAAAAUAUUUGUGUUGGGUUGCCAACAAUUGAGUUAUAUAAUUAAUUUACAACUGCAUCUAAUUAUUUAUUAUUAAUUUACAAAAGUAAAAAAAUUGCCUAUUAGGAGAUUAUUGUUAUGGCAAAUUUUUAUUAUGCUAUAUUGUGCUAUUAUUUAUUUAUUUUUAUUUAUUUAUUCUUUAUUGUACACAAAAAAAUAUGACAUAUAAUAUAUAUAUAAAAUAAAGGUGUACAAUAGGCGAGCUUAACUCUGUAAGAGUUCUCUUCCAGCAAAUUCCAGCUAUUAGAUAUUAAAUAUUAUGUCAAUAAUCCAGUGAUGGCUCAAAUAGUAGUUCGACUAAAUUUUUUGGUAUAUUAGCAAUUAACAUUAGUGAUUAUUGUUUUAUUGUGAAUUCUUUUGUUAAAUUGUUAUAUUGUGAUAUUGGUAACAGUAUUUUUUUUAUGAUUUGUUAAUAGAAUGGUAACCCUGCCUGCGCUAUUGGUAUACACAGAAUUUAAAUGAAUUGAUCGCGACUUUUUCUAGGGGGAAUCACGUGGAGGUUGAUUUUUCUGUUCCCAGUGUAACAAUAUAUUUGCUGAAUGGUUAACUGGUAGACAACACCGUCCAAUGUUACGUUCGUCAAAUCUACAUAGAAUUGGAGGGACUUGAUACCGGACACACUGUGCAUUAAAGUUUAAAUAAUUAAAUAUAUCUAAAAUGUAAUAAUAGUUGAAUAGCGAAUGAAGCACUCCACGCCAGUUCAGCCAAUACAAUGGCUCAAAAUACUAUAAAAAAUUGAAUAAAACUAGUUUUAGUUAAAUUUAAUUGUAUAAAAUUAUGAAUGUUUAGUGUUAUAUGUAUAUUAUAUAAAGCAUAAAAGAUUAAAUCAUUAUGAAUGUUUUAUAUUUUUCUAACAAAAUAAACAAAAUAAU